GUGUCAUGGAAAAACUUGGUCUUGGUCCAAAGGUCCUUCUACAGGAAAAUCCAAAACUUAUCUAUGCUAGACUUACUGGAUUUGGCCAGUCAGGAAGAUAUGCAAAGUCUGCAGGUCAUGACAUCAAUUAUUUGGCUUUGUCAGGUGUGCUGUCGAAACUUGGUAGAAAAGAUGAAAAUCCUUAUGCACCAGUAAAUCUUCUGGCUGAUUUUGCUGGUGGAGGUGUCAUGUGUGCAAUGGGUAUAAUUAUGGCCCUCUAUGAACGUACAAAAUCUGGCAAAGGGCAGGUCGUUGAUGCAAGUAUGGUAGAAGGAGCAGCAUAUCUAAGUUCUUUCCUGUGGAAAUCACAAAAUUUAGGCCUUUGGAAUAGACUUCGGGGGGAGAACUUGCUGGACAGCGGAUCACCUUUUUAUGAGACCUACAAGACCCUAGAUGGGAAAUUCAUGGCAGUUGGUGCCAUUGAGCCCCAAUUCUAUGAGCAGCUAGUAAAGGGACUGGGGUUAGAUUUAGAUAAACUUCCCAGUCAGCUGAGUUUCUCUGACUGGCCUGAAAUGAAGAAAAUGUUUGCAGCUUUAUUUUCCAAGAAGACACAGGCAGAAUGGUGCAGGAUCUUUGAUGGCACAGAUGCCUGUGUGACGCCUGUUUUAUCUUUGGAUGAAGUUGCCUUACACCAGCAUAACAAAGAGCGUGGUUCUUUUAUCAAGAAUGAUCAGGAAGAGAUAAGUCCUAGACCAUCUCCUCUUCUUUCAAGGACUCCAGCUACUCCAUCUCCCAGAAGGGAUCCUUUUAUAGGAGAACACACAGAAGAGAUACUUCUAGAAUUUGGCUUUACCAAGGAAGAGAUUGCUAAACUUCACUCUGAAAAAGUAAUUGAAUUCAAUAAGCCAAAAGCAAAUUUAUAAUAUCUAGCUAUGCAAAUCAGAAAAGUUUCAGACUGUCCCCAUAUGAUUUUAUGCAUUAAAGUUGGAAUUACAUGAAGAAAUGUUAAUGUAGCACCACUUUUUCAGGGCUGGGGGUAGAGGGGUAGGUGUCACUGUUAAAUUAAUACAUUAAUUGAGGACUAAAUGUACAAACUGUAUUCCUAAUUGGAUUAGAAUGCCUACCGAAUGUUACCUUUGAAAUUUUGUCCGGGGGGUGUUUGUUUUGAAAAGAUCUGCAAUAUUUGCUUGUUAUAAUGGUUUACGUAAUUUUUAAUGUUUCCUUCAAUAAGUGUAUUAUAGGAAAUGUGUGGUUGUUUUAAUCCUUGUGUUUUUAAUAUAUGUUAUAAUUAGCUGAAGGCAAUGAUUUUUAUAAAAUACUGUUAUACUUCAUAAAGA